AUGUCUGCUGCGGUGGUGCCGGCCAGGCGCGCGGUUGCCUCGCUGCGAUCGAGUCGAUCCGCUGGAUCGCCGCAAGGCUCCCGCUGCUAUUCCACGGCUCCUUCACCGAGUCGCAUCAUCCGAGAGCUGAACCGGUUUUCCAAGGUCAGCUCCGACAAGAUGAAAAAGGAGUCAAGCAUGUCGGAGAUGCAGAAGCUGGCCAACGCCGAGUACUUCAAGGACGGCUCCGGCCCUCUCUUCCCAGGAACCUUCGUCUCCUUGCCGCUCUCUCGGUAUCCUCUCCAUCCAGCUCAGUUCAUGCAGUACCAAUGGAGCCGCAUGAGGCACUGGCUCGUCGGAGCCAUCUCGGUGCUCAAUUUCAAGCUAAAAUCGAUGCCAAACUGGACGACGAGACCGAAGUGGAAAGCGAAACGCGGCAAGAUCGCACCGACAGCAAAGGCAAUGUACCGCGAAAUGCUCGAGGCCUUUGCCGCAGGCGACAAGGAAACUCUGCAAAAGAUAUGUCUCAGCGACUUCGCCAAAAAGCUCACGGCGGCCAUAGACCGGAGAGACCCGAAGGAGCAGGUUCAAUUCGAGGUGGUCAAAUACAAUAAGCCGCUCAUCUACCCGCGCCUCAUGUCCCGCCAGAUCCAUCAGGUUAACCCCCUCGAUAAGGUUCUGAUGACGGAGCAAGCCGUUGUCGCCAUAUCCUCAACACAGAAGGCAUCGAGACGGAUCCCUUCCACGGGGGCGACGGUGCCCGGCAGCAUGAAACUGCAGGACAAGAUCGAGUACGUGGUCCUGUCUAGACAGGCGAACCAGAAGACGUUCGAGACGGGGCCCUGGCGCAUUUGGGGCACGACGUCGGCAACCACGCUGGAGCUAUACUUGAAGGAGAAGGCCAUCAUUGAAAAGGAGCAGGCUCGACGCGCAGGCUGGGAUCAGCCAGCUGCGAAAUGA